AUGGUGCAGCAAAGCCCAGGCAGUCUGGUCCAAUACCAGGCUUCCGGAACCUCAUUACCACCAUGGCCGGCAGUCAUAUGUACGGAUGAUAUGGCGCCAACAGAAAUGCAGCGAACUCGGCCGAAUGGAUAUUUCUAUGUCACGCUCGUUUUGUUGUUGGACGAGCGGUUUGAAUUUCAUUGGGCCCGUACGUCCGAGUUGGGAGAAUAUGAUCCCUUCGCGCCAUACGAAAACGAAGAGAUAGUAGCAAGUACCCCGCGGCUCGGUGAUGCGUAUGAGAUGGCGAAUAAUGCUCUAGAGGCUGGUUUCACACUUGAUGAUUGGCGAGAUCGGGUGAAUCAGCGGAGCGUUGAGUCAGACUCAUGCUCAGACAGUGAUGAAAGUGAUGAUGAUUCCGAGAUGCAAUGGGCACUGAGGGCAAGUCAAGAGGACUACGACCGGCAGCAUUCACAUAAUAGGAAGAGAACUCUAUCGCCUCCGAAACCAGCAAGGGAUUCAAGAAGUCGGAUAACGGUUAUCCCAAGAAAAGAUAAAGAAACAGCUCAUACCGACAGGCCAUCACGAGCUACGCAGAGUAACCACUCCCGAACGAUACCAGACAAUUACAGCGACUUCCUGACUUCCAGAUCACCUGCUCGCCCACCUCCAUUACUGAUAUCCGAAGUCGCAUCUUCUUCGUUACCAUCACCUGUUUUACCGUCGCGUCUGGGCAGAUGCGAUACGCCCAUAGAUCUCACAGACGAUACCAGUUCGCAACAGCCAACUGCUAACCAGUCAGCGCCCACGUCGACUAACGCACCAAACCGGACGUCUUUUCAGCAAAACUCGUUCCUUGACCGUACUCUUGGCGGGCUUGGUAGGAGCUUCCGGGAGCCUAAGAGCGACACCGUUGACGGCGAAUUGUCACAAAGUAAGGAAUUCGUCCAGAUACCCGUAGGCCCCGAUGGCGUGGUCAGUACCCUAGCGAAAGCUUGUGUAUGGAAUCGUAAAUACUGGCUAGACGUGAGGUUCGGCGUCAACCACUUCGAUCUCAACGACGACGGCAUAUUCGAGCUCCAGCACCCCGGCCUUCCCGAAAUCGACCCAGACGACUUCGUCUUCGCCGCCGAAUACCUCGAAAGCAGCGAUUUUGGCCACCGCAACCCACGAGACGGAGACGACGAUCAGAUGCAAGAAGCGUUCGUCCAAUGCAUCGCUGCAUGGGGCGUGGCCGAAAAAUUGUGCAUGCACGACCUCAUGGACCAUAUCGUCGAAAAGUUGGAGCGGCACAUUGAGCCGGAGCUAAUGGCCGUUGUCAUCUUUGCUGCGCAAAUCUACGAGGCUGAGGAAACGCCACUUCCAUCGCAGAUGAGACUUAAAGAUUAUCUGGCCACGUAUAUUGCGCAGAAUUGGUGGAUCUAUGUGGGUGAUGAUCAUUUGAGCGGACCUUUUAUUGAGAGACUUAAGACGUUGCCGGAAUUGGAGAGGGAUAUUUAUGCGAGACGCUUGGUGGCACUGAAUGAGAGGCUGAAUGAUGCAGGGGAUGGACCGGAAAAUGGGGAGAUGGGUUUGGGUUGA